AUGAUCGGUUCUCCUGAUGUGCUGGCCUUCACCAGUGAAGAGGGGUUGGGGGGGUUCAGGGAGGGGGGGUACCCAGACCCCCAGGACCUUCCAGAGGAGUUCUCCCUCCCUCUCCUCCCCCCCUCCCACCCCUGGGCCUCCCCUGCCGCUUUCAACAGGGACUUCAUACUGGUGGCAGAGUUCUCUGAACAGGUAUGACCUGGAGGGGGGGGUGUGUUUUGUAUGUACUGUACUGACCAGUGUUUUUAUAUUCUGUCCUCCUGUCCAGGUGGGUCCCCUCCCGGUCCGGACCAUCCCUGAUGACCCCAGAGUGAUCGGUUCCUUCGACCUGAACCAUUUCUCUCUACGCAUCAUGUCUGUCGACUACCAAGCCGCUGGCCCUCAGCCACACCCCCAGGCAGCUAGCCCCUCCCCCCAGCCCUCUGGCUCCUCCCUCCAGCCCCUCCCCCACCUGACCUUCUCAGAGGUAAGGUAGCCCGGCGUUUGGAGAAGCGUCCCCAGCAACCAGAGGGGUUUUGCCGGUUCGAAUCCCAGCUCUGACCGGAAAAAAUCUGGUGUGGAGUGAGCCGGCUAAACAUAGUGUGGCUGGCGUCAUCCUAGAUACCAUCAGCUGCUGUUGUGCCCUUGAGCAAAGCACCUAACCCUCUACAAUUGCACCAGGGGUGCUGCACUGAGGCUGACCCAUUUGCUUCCAGGCACUCGUGUGUGUGUGUCUCCCGGGGGGGUUGGGUUGGGUUGGGUUGGGUUGGGUUAGGGUUAUAUAUAUAUAGACUGGGGGGGUCAGUAUAUAGACUGGUCUCAGUACUCUGUCAGUCAGUGUGUGUUGAGGGGUUAUAUAUAUAGACUGGUCUCAGUACUCUGUCAGUCAGUGUGUGUUGAGGGUCAGUAUAUAUAGACUGGUCUCAGUACUCUGCCAGUCAGUGUGUGUUGAGGGGUUGUCAGUAUAUAUAGACUGGUCUCAGUACUCUGUCAGUCAGUGUGUGUUGAGGGUCAGUAUAUAUAGACUGGUCUCAGUACUCUGCCAGUCAGUGUGUGUUGAGGGGUUGUCAGUAUAUAUAGACUGGUCUCAGUACUCUGUCAGUCAGUGUGUGUUGAGGGGUUGUCAGUAUAUAUAGACUGGUCUCAGUACUCUGUCAGUCAGUGUGUGUUGAGGGGGUUGUCAGUAUAUAUAGACUGGUCUCAGUACUCUGUCAGUCAGUGUGUGUUGAGGGGUUGUCAGUAUAUAUAGACUGGUCUCAGUACUCUGUCAGUCAGUGUGUGUUGAGGGGGUUGUCAGUAUAUAUAGACUGGUCUCAGUACUCUGCCAGUCAGUGUGUGUUGAGGGUCAGUAUAUAUAGACUGGUCUCAGUACUCUGUCAGUCAGUGUGUGUUGAGGGGUUGUCAGUAUAUAUAGACUGGUCUCAGUACUCUGCCAGUCAGUGUGUGUUGAGGGGUUGUCAGUAUAUAUAGACUGGUCUCAGUACUCUGUCAGUCAGUGUGUGUUGAGGGGUUGUCAGUAUAUAUAGACUGGUCUCAGUACUCUGUCAGUCAGUGUGUGUUGAGGGUCAGUAUAUAUAGACUGGUCUCAGUACUCUGCCAGUCAGUGUGUGUUGAGGGGUUGUCAGUAUUUAUAGACUGGUCUCAGUACUCUGUCAGUCAGUGUGUGUUGAGGGUCAGUAUAUAUAGACUGGUCUCAGUACUCUGCCAGUCAGUGUGUGUUGAGGGUCAGUAUAUAUAGACUGGUCUCAGUACUCUGUCAGUCAGUGUGUGUUGAGGGGGUUGUCAGUAUAUAUAGACUGGUCUCAGUACUCUGCCAGUCAGUGUGUGUUGAGGGGGUUGUCAGUAUAUAUAGACUGGUCUCAGUACUCUGUCAGUCAGUGUGUGUUGAGGGGUUGUCAGUAUAUAUAGACUGGUCUCAGUACUCUGUCAGUCAGUGUGUGUUGAGGGUCAGUAUAUAUAGACUGGUCUCAGUACUCUGUCAGUCAGUGUGUGUUGAGGGUCAGUAUAUAUAGACUGGUCUCAGUACUCUGUCAGUCAGUGUGUGUUGAGGGGUUAUAUAUAUAGACUGGUCUCAGUACUCUGUCAGUCAGUGUGUGUUGAGGGUCAGUAUAUAUAGACUGGUCUCAGUACUCUGUCAGUCAGUGUGUGUUGAGGGGGUUGUCAGUAUAUAUAGACUGGUCUCAGUACUCUGUCAGUCAGUGUGUGUUGAGGGUCAGUAUAUAUAGACUGGUCUCAGUACUCUGUCAGUCAGUGUGUGUUGAGGGGUUGUCAGUAUAUAUAGACUGGUCUCAGUACUCUGCCAGUCAGUGUGUGUUGAGGGGUUGUCAGUAUAUAUAGACUGGUCUCAGUACUCUGUCAGUCAGUGUGUGUUGAGGGGGUUGUCAGUAUAUAUAGACUGGUCUCAGUACUCUGUCAGUCAGUGUGUGUUGAGGGGGUUGUCAGUAUAUAUAGACUGGUCUCAGUACUCUGUCAGUCAGUGUGUGUUGAGGGUCAGUAUAUAUAGACUGGUCUCAGUACUCUGUCAGUCAGUGUGUGUUGAGGGGUUGUCAGUAUAUAUAGACUGGUCUCAGUACUCUGCCAGUCAGUGUGUGUUGAGGGGUUGUCAGUAUAUAUAGACUGGUCUCAGUACUCUGUCAGUCAGUGUGUGUUGAGGGGUUAUAUAUAUAGACUGGUCUCAGUACUCUGUCAGUCAGUGUGUGUUGAGGGGUUGUCAGUAUAUAUAGACUGGUCUCAGUACUCUGUCAGUCAGUGUGUGUUGAGGGGUUGUCAGUAUAUAUAGACUGGUCUCAGUACUCUGUCAGUCAGUGUGUGUUGAGGGGUUGUCAGUAUAUAUAGACUGGUCUCAGUACUCUGUCAGUCAGUGUGUGUUGAGGGUCAGUAUAUAUAGACUGGUCUCAGUACUCUGUCAGUCAGUGUGUGUUGAGGGGUUGUCAGUAUAUAUAGACUGGUCUCAGUACUCUGUCAGUCAGUGUGUGUUGAGGGGUUAUAUAUAUAGACUGGUCUCAGUACUCUGUCAGUCAGUGUGUGUUGAGGGGGUUGUCAGUAUAUAUAGACUGGUCUCAGUACUCUGUCAGUCAGUGUGUGUUGAGGGGGUUGUCAGUGUAUAUAUAGACUGGUCUCAGUACUCUGCCAGUCAGUGUGUGUUGAGGGGUUGUCAGUAUAUAUAGACUGGUCUCAGUACUCUGCCAGUCAGUGUGUGUUGAGGGGUUGUCAGUAUAUAUAGACUGGUCUCAGUACUCUGCCAGUCAGUGUGUGUUGAGGGGGUUGUCAGUAUAUAUAGACUGGUCUCAGUACUCUGCCAGUCAGUGUGUGUUGAGGGGUUGUCAGUAUAUAUAGACUGGUCUCAGUACUCUGUCAGUCAGUGUGUGUUGAGGGGUUGUCAGUAUAUAUAGACUGGUCUCAGUACUCUGCCAGUCAGUGUGUGUUGAGGGUCAGUAUAUAUAGACUGGUCUCAGUACUCUGUCAGUCAGUGUGUGUUGAGGGUCAGUAUAUAUAGACUGGUCUCAGUACUCUGUCAGUCAGUGUGUGUUGAGGUUCAGUAUAUAUAGACUGGUCUCAGUACUCUGCCAGUCAGUGUGUGUUGAGGGGUUGUCAGUAUAUAUAGACUGGUCUCAGUACUCUGCCAGUCAGUGUGUGUUGAGGGGUUGUCAGUAUAUAUAGACUGGUCUCAGUACUCUGUCAGUCAGUGUGUGUUGAGGGGUUGUCAGUAUAUAUAGACUGGUCUCAGUACUCUGCCAGUCAGUGUGUGUUGAGGGGGUUGUCAGUAUAUAUAGACUGGUCUCAGUACUCUGCCAGUCAGUGUGUGUUGAGGGGUUGUCAGUAUAUAUAGACUGGUCUCAGUACUCUGUCAGUCAGUGUGUGUUGAGGGGUUGUCAGUAUAUAUAGACUGGUCUCAGUACUCUGCCAGUCAGUGUGUGUUGAGGGUCAGUAUAUAUAGACUGGUCUCAGUACUCUGUCAGUCAGUGUGUGUUGAGGGUCAGUAUAUAUAGACUGGUCUCAGUACUCUGUCAGUCAGUGUGUGUUGAGGUUCAGUAUAUAUAGACUGGUCUCAGUACUCUGCCAGUCAGUGUGUGUUGAGGGUCAGUAUAUAUAGACUGGUCUCAGUACUCUGCCAGUCAGUGUGUGUUGAGGGGUUGUCAGUAUAUAUAGACUGGUCUCAGUACUCUGCCAGUCAGUGUGUGUUGAGGGGUUGUCAGUAUAUAUAGACUGGUCUCAGUACUCUGUCAGUCAGUGUGUGUUGAGGGGUUGUCAGUAUAUAUAGACUGGUCUCAGUACUCUGCCAGUCAGUGUGUGUUGAGGGUCAGUAUAUAUAGACUGGUCUCAGUACUCUGUCAGUCAGUGUGUGUUGAGGGUCAGUAUAUAUAGACUGGUCUCAGUACUCUGUCAGUCAGUGUGUGUUGAGGGGGUUGUCAGUAUAUAUAGACUGGUCUCAGUACUCUGUCAGUCAGUGUGUGUUGAGGGGUUGUCAGUAUAUAUAGACUGGUCUCAGUACUCUGUCAGUCAGUGUGUGUUGAGGGGUUGUCAGUAUAUAUAGACUGGUCUCAGUACUCUGUCAGUCAGUGUGUGUUGAGGGUCAGUAUAUAUAGACUGGUCUCAGUACUCUGUCAGUCAGUGUGUGUUGAGGGUCAGUAUAUAUAGACUGGUCUCAGUACUCUGUCAGUCAGUGUGUGUUGAGGGGUUAUAUAUAUAGACUGGUCUCAGUACUCUGCCAGUCAGUGUGUGUUGAGGGGGUUGUCAGUAUAUAUAGACUGGUCUCAGUACUCUGUCAGUCAGUGUGUGUUGAGGGGGUUGUCAGUAUAUAUAGACUGGUCUCAGUACUCUGUCAGUCAGUGUGUGUUGAGGGGUUGUCAGUAUAUAUAGACUGGUCUCAGUACUCUGUCAGUCAGUGUGUGUUGAGGGGUUGUCAGUAUAUAUAGACUGGUCUCAGUACUCUGUCAGUCAGUGUGUGUUGAGGGGUUGUCAGUAUAUAUAGACUGGUCUCAGUACUCUGUCAGUCAGUGUGUGUUGAGGGGUUGUCAGUAUAUAUAGACUGGUCUCAGUACUCUGUCAGUCAGUGUGUGUUGAGGGUCAGUAUAUAUAGACUGGUCUCAGUACUCUGCCAGUCAGUGUGUGUUGAGGGUCAGUAUAUAUAGACUGGUCUCAGUACUCUGUCAGUCAGUGUGUGUUGAGGGGUUAUAUAUAUAGACUGGUCUCAGUACUCUGUCAGCCAGUGUGUGUUGAGGGUCAGUAUAUAUAGACUGGUCUCAGUACUCUGUCAGUCAGUGUGUGUUGAGGGUCAGUAUAUAUAGACUGGUCUCAGUACUCUGUCAGUCAGUGUGUGUUGAGGGGUUGUCAGUAUAUAUAGACUGGUCUCAGUACUCUGUCAGUCAGUGUGUGUUGAGGGGGUUGUCAGUAUAUAUAGACUGGUCUCAGUACUCUGCCAGUCAGUGUGUGUUGAGGGUCAGUAUAUAUAGACUGGUCUCAGUACUCUGUCAGUCAGUGUGUGUUGAGGGGGUUGUCAGUAUAUAUAGACUGGUCUCAGUACUCUGCCAGUCAGUGUGUGUUGAGGGGGUUGUCAGUAUAUAUAGACUGGUCUCAGUACUCUGUCAGUCAGUGUGUGUUGAGGGUCAGUAUAUAUAGACUGGUCUCAGUACUCUGUCAGUCAGUGUGUGUUGAGGGGUUGUCAGUAUAUAUAGACUGGUCUCAGUACUCUGCCAGUCAGUGUGUGUUGAGGGGUUGUCAGUAUAUAUAGACUGGUCUCAGUACUCUGUCAGUCAGUGUGUGUUGAGGGGUUGUCAGUAUAUAUAGACUGGUCUCAGUACUCUGUCAGUCAGUGUGUGUUGAGGGUCAGUAUAUAUAGACUGGUCUCAGUACUCUGUCAGUCAGUGUGUGUUGAGGGGGUUGUCAGUAUAUAUAGACUGGUCUCAGUACUCUGUCAGUCAGUGUGUGUUGAGGGGUUGUCAGUAUAUAUAGACUGGUCUCAGUACUCUGUCAGUCAGUGUGUGUUGAGGGUCAGUAUAUAUAGACUGGUCUCAGUACUCUGUCAGUCAGUGUGUGUUGAGGGUCAGUAUAUAUAGACAGGUCUCAGUACUCUGUCAGUCAGUGUGUGUUGAGGGUCAGUAUAUAUAGACUGGUCUCAGUACUCUGCCAGUCAGUGUGUGUUGAGGGUCAGUAUAUAUAGACUGGUCUCAGUACUCUGUCAGUCAGUGUGUGUUGAGGGGUUGUCAGUAUAUAUAGACUGGUCUCAGUACUCUGUCAGUCAGUGUGUGUUGAGGGUCAGUAUAUAUAGACUGGUCUCAGUACUCUGUCAGUCAGUGUGUGUUGAGGGGUUGUCAGUAUAUAUAGACUGGUCUCAGUACUCUGUCAGUCAGUGUGUGUUGAGGGUCAGUAUAUAUAGACUGGUCUCAGUACUCUGUCAGUCAGUGUGUGUUGAGGGGUUAUAUAUAUAGACUGGUCUCAGUACUCUGUCAGUCAGUGUGUGUUGAGGGGGUUGUCAGUAUAUAUAGACUGGUCUCAGUACUCUGUCAGUCAGUGUGUGUUGAGGGGGUUGUCAGUAUAUAUAGACUGGUCUCAGUACUCUGUCAGUCAGUGUGUGUUGAGGGUCAGUAUAUAUAGACUGGUCUCAGUACUCUGUCAGUCAGUGUGUGUUGAGGGGUCAGUAUAUAUAGACUGGUCUCAGUACUCUGCCAGUCAGUGUGUGUUGAGGGGGUUGUCAGUAUAUAUAGACUGGUCUCAGUACUCUGUCAGUCAGUGUGUGUUGAGGGUCAGUAUAUAUAGACUGGUCUCAGUACUCUGUCAGUCAGUGUGUGUUGAGGGUCAGUAUAUAUAGACUGGUCUCAGUACUCUGUCAGUCAGUGUGUGUUGAGGGGUUAUAUAUAUAGACUGGUCUCAGUACUCUGUCAGUCAGUGUGUGUUGAGGGUCAGUAUAUAUAGACUGGUCUCAGUACUCUGUCAGUCAGUGUGUGUUGAGGGGUUGUCAGUAUAUAUAGACUGGUCUCAGUACUCUGCCAGUCAGUGUGUGUUGAGGGGUUAUAUAUAUAGACUGGUCUCAGUACUCUGCCAGUCAGUGUGUGUUGAGGGGUUAUAUAUAUAGACUGGUCUCAGUACUCUGUCAGUCAGUGUGUGUUGAGGGGUUGUCAGUAUAUAUAGACUGGUCUCAGUACUCUGUCAGUCAGUGUGUGUUGAGGGGUUGUCAGUAUAUAUAGACUGGUCUCAGUACUCUGUCAGUCAGUGUGUGUUGAGGGUCAGUAUAUAUAGACUGGUCUCAGUACUCUGCCAGUCAGUGUGUGUUGAGGGGGUUGUCAGUAUAUAUAGACUGGUCUCAGUACUCUGCCAGUCAGUGUGUGUUGAGGGUCAGUAUAUAUAGACUGGUCUCAGUACUCUGUCAGUCAGUGUGUGUUGAGGGGUUGUCAGUAUAUAUAGACUGGUCUCAGUACUCUGUCAGUCAGUGUGUGUUGAGGGUCAGUAUAUAUAGACUGGUCUCAGUACUCUGCCAGUCAGUGUGUGUUGAGGGUCAGUAUAUAUAGACUGGUCUCAGUACUCUGUCAGUCAGUGUGUGUUGAGGGUCAGUAUAUAUAGACUGGUCUCAGUACUCUGUCAGUCAGUGUGUGUUGAGGGGGUUGUCAGUAUAUAUAGACUGGUCUCAGUACUCUGUCAGUCAGUGUGUGUUGAGGGGUUGUCAGUAUAUAUAGACUGGUCUCAGUACUCUGCCAGUCAGUGUGUGUUGAGGGGUUGUCAGUAUAUAUAGACUGGUCUCAGUACUCUGUCAGUCAGUGUGUGUUGAGGGUCAGUAUAUAUAGACUGGUCUCAGUACUCUGUCAGUCAGUGUGUGUUGAGGGGGUUGUCAGUAUAUAUAGACUGGUCUCAGUACUCUGUCAGUCAGUGUGUGUUGAGGGGGUUGUCAGUAUAUAUAGACUGGUCUCAGUACUCUGCCAGUCAGUGUGUGUUGAGGGUCAGUAUAUAUAGACUGGUCUCAGUACUCUGUCAGUCAGUGUGUGUUGAGGGGUUGUCAGUAUAUAUAGACUGGUCUCAGUACUCUGUCAGUCAGUGUGUGUUGAGGGGUUGUCAGUAUAUAUAGACUGGUCUCAGUACUCUGUCAGUCAGUGUGUGUUGAGGGGUUGUCAGUAUAUAUAGACUGGUCUCAGUACUCUGCCAGUCAGUGUGUGUUGAGGGGUUGUCAGUAUAUAUAGACUGGUCUCAGUACUCUGUCAGUCAGUGUGUGUUGAGGGGGUUGUCAGUAUAUAUAGACUGGUCUCAGUACUCUGUCAGUCAGUGUGUGUUGAGGGGGUUGUCAGUAUAUAUAGACUGGUCUCAGUACUCUGCCAGUCAGUGUGUGUUGAGGGUCAGUAUAUAUAGACUGGUCUCAGUACUCUGUCAGUCAGUGUGUGUUGAGGGUCAGUAUAUAUAGACUGGUCUCAGUACUCUGUCAGUCAGUGUGUGUUGAGGGGUUGUCAGUAUAUAUAGACUGGUCUCAGUACUCUGUCAGUCAGUGUGUGUUGAGGGGGUUGUCAGUAUAUAUAGACUGGUCUCAGUACUCUGUCAGUCAGUGUGUGUUGAGGGGGUUGUCAGUAUAUAUAGACUGGUCUCAGUACUCUGUCAGUCAGUGUGUGUUGAGGGUCAGUAUAUAUAGACUGGUCUCAGUACUCUGCCCAGUCAGUGUGUGUUGAGGGGUUGUCAGUAUAUAUAGACUGGUCUCAGUACUCUGUCAGUCAGUGUGUGUUGAGGGGUUGUCAGUAUAUAUAGACUGGUCUCAGUACUCUGUCAGUCAGUGUGUGUUGAGGGGUUGUCAGUAUAUAUAGACUGGUCUGUCCUUAUUAAACCAGCACCGUUCACCAGAGGAGCCUGUUCUCUGAUCAGCCGAACAGUAGAGCAGAGACUGAUCGGACCUUAUUAAACCAGCACCGUUCACCAGAGUAGCCUGUUCUCUGAUCAGCUGAACAGUAGAGCAGAGACUGAUCUGACCUUAUUAAACCAGAGGAGCCUGUUCUCUGAUCAGCUGAACAGUAGAACAGAGACUGAUCUGACCUUAUUAAACCAGCACCGUUCACCAGAGUAGCCUGUUCUCUGAUCAGCCGAACAGUAGAGCAGAGACUGAUCUGACCUUAUUAAACCAGAGGAGCCUGUUCUCUGAUCAGCUGAACAGUAGAGCAGAGACCGAUCUGACCUUAUUAAACCAGAGUAGCCUGUUCUCUGAUCAGCUGAACAGUAGAGCAGAGACUGAUCUGACCUUAUUAAACCAGCACCGUUCACCAGAGGAGCCUGUUCUCUGAUCAGCUGAACAGUAGAGCAGAGACUGAUCUGACCUUAUUAAACCAGAGGAGCCUGUUCUCUGAUCAGCUGAACAGUAGAGCAGAGACUGAUCUGACCUUAUUAAACCAGAGUAGCCUGUUCUCUGAUCAGCUGAACAGUAGAGCAGAGACUGAUCUGACCUUAUUAAACCAGAGGAGCCUGUUCUCUGAUCAGCCGAACAGUAGAGCAGAGACUGAUCUGACCUUAUUAAACCAGAGGAGCCUGUUCUCUGAUCAGCCGAACAGUAGAGCAGAGACUGAUCUGACCUUAUUAAACCAGAGGAGCCUGUUCUCUGAUCAGCCGAACAGUAGAGCAGAGACUGAUCUGACCUUAUUAAACCAGAGGAGCCUGUUCUCUGAUCAGCCGAACAGUAGAGCAGAGACUGAUCUGACCUUAUUAAACCAGCACCGUUCACCAGAGUAGCCUGUUCUCUGAUCAGCUGAACAGUAGAGCAGAGACUGAUCUGACCUUAUUAAACCAGAGUAGCCUGUUCUCUGAUCAGCUGAACAGUAGAGCAGAGACUGAUCUGACCUUAUUAAACCAGAGUAGCCUGUUCUCUGAUCAGCCGAACAGUAGAGCAGAGACUGAUCUGACCUUAUUAAACCAGCACCGUUCACCAGAGUAGCCUGUUCUCUGAUCAGCUGAACAGUAGAGCAGAGACUGAUCUGACCUUAUUAAACCAGAGUAGCCUGUUCUCUGAUCAGCUGAACAGUAGAGCAGAGACUGAUCUGACCUUAUUAAACCAGAGUAGCCUGUUCUCUGAUCAGCUGAACAGUAGAGCAGAGACUGAUCUGACCUUAUUAAACCAGCACUGUUCACCAGAGGAGCCUGUUCUCUGAUCAGCCGAACAGUAGAGCAGAGACUGAUCUGACCUUAUUAAACCAGAGUAGCCUGUUCUCUGAUCAGCCGAACAGUAGAGCAGAGACUGAUCUGACCUUAUUAAACCAGAGGAGCCUGUUCUCUGAUCAGCUGAACAGUAGAGCAGAGACUGAUCUGACCUUAUUAAACCAGCACCGUUCACCAGAGUAGCCUGUUCUCUGAUCAGCCGAACAGUAGAGCAGAGACUGAUCUGACCUUAUUAAACCAGCACCGUUCACCAGAGGAGCCUGUUCUCUGAUCAGCUGAACAGUAGAGCAGAGACUGAUCUGACCUUAUUAAACCAGCGCCGUUCACCAGAGUAGCCUGUUCUCUGAUCAGCCGAACAGUAGAGCAGAGACUGAUCUGACCUUAUUAAACCAGCGCCGUUCACCAGAGUAGCCUGUUCUCUGAUCAGCCGAACAGUAGAGCAGAGACUGAUCUGACCUUAUUAAACCAGAGGAGCCUGUUCUCUGAUCAGCCGAACAGUAGAGCAGAGACUGAUCUGACCUUAUUAAACCAGAGUAGCCUGUUCUCUGAUCAGCUGAACAGUAGAGCAGAGACUGAUCUGACCUUAUUAAACCAGAGUAGCCUGUUCUCUGAUCAGCUGAACAGUAGAGCAGAGACUGAUCUGACCUUAUUAAACCAGCACCGUUCACCAGAGGAGCCUGUUCUCUGAUCAGCUGAACAGUAGAGCAGAGACUGAUCGGACCUUAUUAAACCAGCACCGUUCACCAGAGGAGCCUGUUCUCUGAUCAGCUGAACAGUAGAGCAGAGACUGAUCUGACCUUAUUAAACCAGCACCGUUCACCAGAGGAGCCUGUUCUCUGAUCAGCCGAACAGUAGAGCAGAGACUGAUCUGACCUUAUUAAACCAGCACCGUUCACCAGAGGAGCCUGUUCUCUGAUCAGCCGAACAGUAGAGCAGAGACUGAUCUGACCUUAUUAAACCAGCACCGUUCACCAGAGGAGCCUGUUCUCUGAUCAGCCGAACAGUAGAGCAGAGACUGAUCUGACCUUAUUAAACCAGCACCGUUCACCAGAGGAGCCUGUUCUCUGAUCAGCCGAACAGUAGAGCAGAGACUGAUCUGACCUUAUUAAACCAGCACCGUUCACCAGAGGAGCCUGUUCUCUGAUCAGCCGAACAGUAGAGCAGAGACUGAUCUGACCUUAUUAAACCAGCACCGUUCACCAGAGUAGCCUGUUCUCUGAUCAGCUGAACAGUAGAGCAGAGACUGAUCUGACCUUAUUAAACCAGCACCGUUCUCCAGAGUAGCCUGUUCUCUGAUCAGCUGAACAGUAGAGCAGAGACUGAUCUGACCUUAUUAAACCAGCACCGUUCACCAGAGUAGCCUGUUCUCUGAUCAGCCGAACAGUAGAGCAGAGACUGAUCUGACCUUAUUAAACCAGCACCGUUCACCAGAGGAGCCUGUUCUCUGAUCAGCUGAACAGUAGAGCAGAGACUGAUCUGACCUUAUUAAACCAGCACCGUUCACCAGAGGAGCCUGUUCUCUGAUCAGCCGAACAGUAGAGCAGAGACUGAUCUGACCUUAUUAAACCAGAGGAGCCUGUUCUCUGAUCAGCCGAACAGUAGAGCAGAGACUGAUCUGACCUUAUUAAACCAGCACCGUUCACCAGAGGAGCCUGUUCUCUGAUCAGCUGAACAGUAGAGCAGAGACUGAUCUAACCUUAUUAAACCAGCACCGUUCACCAGAGGAGCCUGUUCUCUGAUCAGCUGAACAGUAGAGCAGAGACUGAUCUGACCUUAUUAAACCAGCACCGUUCACCAGAGUAGCCUGUUCUCUGAUCAGCCGAACAGUAGAGCAGAGACUGAUCUGACCUUAUUAAACCAGCACCGUUCACCAGAGUAGCCUGUUCUCUGAUCAGCUGAACAGUAGAGCAGAUGUAUUACAAAUAAAAAACAGAAAUACCUUAUUUACAUAAGUAUUCAGACCCUUUGAUAUGAGACUCGAAAUUGAGCUCAGGUGCAUCCUGUUUCCAUUGAUCAUCCUUGAGAUGUUUCUACAACUUGAUUGGAGUACACCUGUGGUAAAUUCCAUUGAUUGGACAUGGUUUGGAAAGGCACACACCUGUCUAUAUAAGGUCCCACAGUUUACAGUCCAUGUCAGAGCAAAAACCAAGCCAUGAGGUCGAAGGAAUUGUCCGUAGAGCUCCGAGAUAGGAUUGUGUCGAGGCACAAUUGAAGGUCCCCAAGAACACAGUGGCCUCCAUCAUUCUUAAAUGGAAGAAGUUUGGAACCACCAAGACUCUUCCUAGAGCUGGCUGUCCGGCCAAACUGAGCAAUCGGGGGAGAAGGGCCUUGGUCAGGGAGGUGACCAAGAACCCGAUGGUCACUCUGACAGAGCUCCAGAGUUCCUCUGUGGAGAUAGGAGAACCUUCCAGAAGGACAACCAUCUCUGCAGCACUCCACCAAUCAGGCCUUUAUGGUAGAGUGGCCAGACGGAAGCCACUCCUCAGUAAAAGGCACAUGACCGCCCGCUUGGAGUUUGCCAAAAGGCACCUAAAGGACUCUCAGACCAUGAGAAACAAGAUUCUCUGGUCUGAUGAAACCAAGAUUGAACUCUUUGGCCUGAAUGCCAAGCGUCACGUCUGGAGGAAACCUGGCAUCAUCCCUAUGGUGAAGCAUGGUGGUGGCAGCAUCAUGCUGUGGGGAUGUUUUUCAGUGGCAGGGACUGGGAGACUAGUCAGGAUCGAGGGAAAGAUGAAUGGAGCAAAGUACAGAGAGAUCCUUGAUGAAAACCUGCUCCAGAGCGCUCAGGACCUCAGACUGAGGCAAAGGUUCACCUUCCAACAGGACAAUGACCCUAAGCACACAGCCAAGACAAGGCAGGAGUGGCUUCGGGACAAGUCCCUGAAUGUCCUUGAGUGGCCCAGCCAGAGCCCGGACUUGAACCCGAUCGAACAUCUCUGGAGAGACCUGAAAAUAGCUGUGCAUCGACGCUCCCCAUCCGAUCUGACCGAGCUUGAGAGGCUCUGCAGAGAAGAAUGGGAGAAACUCCCCAAAUACAGGUGUGCCAAGCUUGUCGCGUCAUACCCAAGAAGACUCAAGGCUGUAAUCGCUGGAAAGGUGCUUCAACAAAGUACUGUGUAAAGUGUCUGAAUACUUAUGUAAAUGUCAAAUUUCCGUUUUAUUUUUAAUAAAUGUGCUAAAAUGACUAAAAACCAGUUUUUGCUUUGUCAUUAUGGGGCGCAAAAAACCCCCAACAAUUUAAUCAAUUUUAGAAUAAGGCUGUAACGUAACAAUGUGGAAAAAGUCAAGGGGUCUGAAUACUUUGUGAAUGCACUGUAUCUUAAAUGACUGAGUUUCCAUGAAUGGGUGUAUAUAAUAUUGAAGCCCAUUGAAAACAGGGACUGGAUCAGGCAGUAAAGCGGAGCGGAUCAUCACUUUCACAUCCUAUAAAGUCUCCUUCCUCCUCUAGGUCUCCAGGGGGGUGCUGGGUGACUGAGGAGGAGGAGGAGGUGGUUCUCCUUCCUCCAGGGGGGUGCUGGGUGACUGAGGAGGAGGUGGUUCUCCUUCCUCCAGGGGGGUGCUGGGUGACGGAGGAGGAGGUGGUUCUCCUUCCUCCAGGGGGGCGCUGGGUGACUGAGGAGGAGGAGGAGGUGGUUCUCCUUCCUCCAGGGUGGCGCUGGGUGACUGAGGAGGAGGUGGUUCUCCUUCCUCCAGGGGGGUGCUGGGUGACGGAGGAGGAGGAGGAGGUGGUUCUCCUUCCUCCAGGGGGGUGCUGGGUGACUGAGGAGGAGGAGGAGGUGGUUCUCCUUCCUCCAGGGGGGCGCUGGGUGACUGAGGAGGAGGAGGUGGUUCUCCUUCCUCCAGGGGGUGCUGGGUGACUGAGGAGGAGGAGGAGGUGUUUCUCCUUCCUCCAGGGGGGCGCUGGGUGACUGAGGAGGAGGAGGUGGUUCUCCUUCCUCCAGGGUGGUGCUGGGUGACGGAGGAGGAGGAGGUGUUUCUCCUUCCUCCAGGGUGGCGCUGGGUGACUGAGGAGGAGGUGGUUCUCCUUCCUCCAGGGUGGCGCUGGGUGACGGAGGAGGAGGUGGUUCUCCUUCCUCCAGGGGGGUGCUAGGUGACGGAGGAGGAGGAGGAGGUGGUUCUCCUUCCUCCAGGGGGGCGCUGGGUGACUGAGGAGGAGGAGGAGGAGGUGGUUCUCCUUCCUCCAGGGGGGCGCUGGGUGACUGAGGAGGAGGAGGUGGUUCUCCUUCCUCCAGGGGGGCGCUGGGUGACUGAGGAGGAGGAGGAGGAGGUUGUUCUCCUUCCUCCAGGGUGGCGCUGGGUGACUGAGGAGGAGGAGGAGGUGGUUCUCCUUCCUCCAGGUGGCGCUGGGUGACGGAGGAGGAGGUGGUUCUCCUUCCUCCAGGGGGGUGCUGGGUGACUGAGGAGGAGGAGGAGGUGGUUCUCCUUCCUCCAGGGGGGUGCUGGGUGACUGAGGAGGAGGUGGUUCUCCUUCCUCCAGGGGGGUGCUGGGUGACUGAGGAGGAGAAUGAGGUGGUUCUCCUUCCUCCAGGGUGGUGCUGGGUGACGGAGGAGGAGGAGGUGGUUCUCCUUCCUCCAGGGGGGCGCUGGGUGACUGAGGAGGAGGAGGAGGUGGUUCUCCUUCCUCCAGGGUGGUGCUGGGUGACUGAGGAGGAGGAGGAGGAGGAGGUGGUUCUCCUUCCUCCAGGGGGGCGCUGGGUGACUGAGGAGGAGGAGGAGGUGGUUCUCCUUCCUCCAGGGGGGCGCUGGGUGACUGAGGAGGAGGAGGAGGUGGUUCUCCUUCCUCCAGGGUGGUGCUGGGUGACUGAGGAGGAGGUGGUUCUCCUUCCUCCAGGGUGGCGCUGGGUGACUGAGGAGGUGGUUAUCCUUCCUCCAGGGGGGUGCUGGGUGACUGAGGAGGAGGAGGAGGUUGUUGUCCUUCCUCCAGGGUGGCGCUGGGUGACUGAGGAGGAGGAGGAGGUUGUUGUCCUUCCUCCAGGGUGGCGCUGGGUGACUCUGAGGAGGAGGUUGUUCUCCUUCCUCCAGGGUGGUGCUGGGUGACUCUGAGGAGGAGGAGAUUGUUCUCCUUCCUCCAGGGUGGUGCUGGGUGACUCUGAGGAGGAGGAGGUUGUUCUCCUUCCUCCAGGGUGGUGCUGGGUGACUCUGAGGAGGAGGAGGAGGAGGAGGUUGUUCUCCUUCCUCCAGGGUGGUGCUGGGUGACAGGAGGAGGAGGUGGUUCUCCUUCCUCCAGGGUGGCGCUGGGUGACUGAGGAGGAGGUUGUUCUCCUUCCUCCAGGGUGGUGCUGGGUGACUCUGAGGAGGUGGUUGUUCUCCUUCCUCCAGGGUGGGGCUGGGUGACUCUGAGGAGGAGGUGGUUGUUCUCCUUCCUCCAGGGUGGCGCUGGGUGACUGAGGAGGAAGAGGAGGUUGUUCUCCUUCCUCCAGGGUGGUGCUGGGUGACUGAGGAGGAGGAGGAGGUUGUUCUCCUUCCUCCAGGGUGGUGCUGGGUGACUCGGAGGAGGUGGUUGUUCUCCUUCCUCCAGGGUGGUGCUGGGUGACUGAGGAGGAGGAGGAGGUUGUUGUCCUUCCUCCAGGGUGGCGCUGGGUGACUGAGGAGGAGGAGGAGGUUGUUGUCCUUCCUCCAGGGUGGCGCUGGGUGACUGAGGAGGAGGUUGUUCUCCUUCCUCCAGGGUGGUGCUGGGUGACUCUGAGGAGGUGGUUGUUCUCCUUCCUCCAGGGUGGGGCUGGGUGACUCUGAGGAGGAGGUGGUUGUUCUCCUUCCUCCAGGGUGGCGCUGGGUGACUGAGGAGGAAGAGGAGGUUGUUCUCCUUCCUCCAGGGUGGUGCUGGGUGACUGAGGAGGAGGAGGAGGUUGUUCUCCUUCCUCCAGGGUGGUGCUGGGUGACUCGGAGGAGGUGGUUGUUCUCCUUCCUCCAGGGUGGUGCUGGGUGACUGAGGAGGAGGAGGAGGUUGUUGUCCUUCCUCCAGGGUGGCGCUGGGUGACUGAGGAGGAGGAGGAGGUUGUUGUCCUUCCUCCAGGGUGGCGCUGGGUGACUCUGAGGAGGUGGUUGUUCUCCUUCCUCCAGGGUGGUGCUGGGUGACUCUGAGGAGGAGGAGGUUGUUUUCCUUCCUCCAGGGUGGGGCUGGGUGACUGAGGAGGAGGAGGAGGUUGUUCUCCUUCCUCCAGGGUGGGGCUGGGUGACUGAGGAGGAGGAGGAGGUUCUCCUUCCUCCAGGGUGGGGCUGGGUGACUGAGGAGGAGGAGGAGGUGGUUCUCCUUCCUCCAGGGUGGCGCUGGGUGACUCUGAGGAGGAGGAGGUUGUUGUCCUUCCUCCAGGGUGGUGCUGGGUGACUGAGGAGGUGGUUGUUGUCCUUCCUCCAGGGUGGCGCUGGGUGACUCUGAGGAGGAGGAGGUUGUUGUCCUUCCUCCAGGGUGGCGCUGGGUGACUGAGGAGGAGGAGGAGGUUGUUCUCCUUCCUCCAGGGUGGUGCUGGGUGACUCUGAGGAGGAGGAGGUUGUUCUCCUUCCUCCAGGGUGGCGCUGGGUGACUCUGAGGAGGAGGAGGUUGUUGUCCUUCCUCCAGGGUGGCGCUGGGUGACUCUGAGGAGGAGGAGGAGGUUGUUCUCCUUCCUCCAGGGUGGCGCUGGGUGACUCUGAGGAGGAGGAGGUUGUUGUCCUUCCUCCAGGGUGGCGCUGGGUGACUCUGAGGAGGAGGAGGAGGUUGUUCUCCUUCCUCCAGGGUGGUGCUGGGUGACUGAGGAGGAGGAGGUGGUUGGUCUCCUUCCUCCAGGGUGGUGCUGGGUGACUUUGAGGAGGAGGAGGUUGUUCUCCUUCCUCCAGGAUGGCGCUGGGUGACUGAGGAGGAGGAGGUGGUUCUCCUUCCUCCAGGGUGGUGCUGGGUGACUCUGAGGAGGAGGAGGUUGUUCUCCUUCCUCCAGGAUGGCGCUGGGUGACUGAGGAGGAGGAGGUGGUUGGUCUCCUUCCUCCAGGGUGGUGCUGGGUGACUCUGAGGAGGAGGAGGUUGUUGUCCUUCCUCCAGGAUGGCGCUGGGUGACUGAGGAGGAGGAGGUGGUUCUCCUUCCUCCAGGGUGGUGCUGGGUGACUCUGAGGAGGAGGAGGUUGUUCUCCUUCCUCCAGGAUGGCGCUGGGUGACUGAGGAGGAGGAGGUGGUUGGUCUCCUUCCUCCAGGGUGGUGCUGGGUGACUCUGAGGAGGAGGAGGAGGUUGUUGUCCUUCCUCCAGGAUGGCGCUGGGUGACUGAGGAGGAGGAGGUGGUUGGUCUCCUUCCUCCAGGGUGGCGCUGGGUGACUCUGAGGAUGUGGUUGUUCUCCUUCCUCCAGGACUCUCGUGUGGUGCUGGGUGACUCUAAGGAGGGGGCGUUCGCCUACGUCCACCACCUGACGCUGUACGACCUGGAGGCUCGCGGCUUCGUCCGCCCGUUCUGCAUGGCCUACGUCUCUGCCGACGAGAGGAAGAUCAUGCUGCAGUUCCAGGAGAUGUCGCUCCGCUUCUCCCGCGCCUCCGAGAGCCUGAAGACGGGAAACCGCCGGGCCUUCGCCCGCGAGCUGCAGAGGAAGCUACGAGACCUGGAGUAAGAGGACAGACACCAACACACGUUCACGCACUGACACACGCACCGACACACGCACCGACACACGCACUGACACACAGUUUGGUUGUGUGAGCAUUUUUAAAUCCUUCUCUCUGUGACAGGUACACACGAUCCAUCCUUCAGGCAGCGCUACAAAGGACAUCCAAUGAGAGUGCAGAGAUCAGCGAGGAGACGGAGCUGCAGAACACAACCAAUGAACUUGCGAGCGUGGAUCGUUCCAUCCUGGACCACAGGUCCCUCCUCCACCAGGUCACGUCCUACCCCAACAGGAAGUUAAAAGACCCUGGCUUUCUGCCCUACGACCCCUCCCUGAUCCCCGAGCCCAUCCCCCUUACCCCUGAUCCCCCUUCCCCCUCAUACACCCCCCAGCUGGUCUCCGGGGCGUCGCUAGGGGGUGGGGGCUGGUCGGCGAGGCGGUUCGACCGCCGUCUGAAGCCAUUGGAGGAGCUGAGUGACUGCUACUUCCUGUCUCUGACGCUGGAACAGUUGGGCAGCACAGAACGCCGUCUCCGUGGAGACCAGAGCGUUCUACACAACCGCCGCGUCACAAACACGCUCUCCAGGACGCUUUCACACACACACUUCCUGUUCCAGCUCUGGGACCAGGAGGAGGAGGAGGAGGAGCUGGAGGAGGAGGGGGUGGGGCUAGAGGGAGGAAGUGGCGUGAUGUCACAUCCCGUGGAGUGGGCUGGGGCGGGACCGCCGUGCCUGGAGUCGUUCUUCUCCUGCGUGGAGGAGGUGUCAAUCAAACUGGAGACGGGAAGUGGAGGGGCGGGGCCGACGCGUGGUCCUGAGGGAGAAGAGGUAACCAUGGAGACGAGACCGGACAGCGUGAGCAGCGGAGAGAGCAUUGAGGUUCUGGGGACGGAACGCUCCUAUAGAACACAGGGUCUAACCCACAUGGAACACAGUGGUAGGUACAGCGCAUUCAGAAAGGAUUCAGACCCCUUGACUUUUUCCACAUUUUGUUACGUUACAGCCUUAUUCUAAAAUUGAUUACAUUGUUUUUCCCCCCUCAUCAAUCUACACACAAUAACCCAUAAUGACAUAACAAAAACAGGUUUUUAGAAAUGUUUGCUAAUUUAUUAAAAAUAAACUGAAAUAUCACAUUUACAUAAGUAUUCAGACCCUUUACUCAGUACUUUGUUGAAGCACCUUUGUCAGCGAUUACAGCCUUGAUUCUUCUUGGGUAUGACGCUACAAGCUUGGCACACCUGUAUUUGGGGAGUUUCUCCCAUUCUUCUCUGUAGAUACUUUCAAGCUCUGUCAGGUUGGAUGGGGAUCGUCGCUGCACAGCUAUUUUCAGGUCUCUCUCCAGAGAUGUUCGAUCGGGUUCAAGUCCGGGCUCUGGUUGGGCCACUCAAGGACAUUCAGAGACUUGUCCCGAAGCCACUCCUGCAUUGUCCUGGUGGAAAGUGAACCUUCACUGCAGUCUGAGGUCCUGAGCGCCUGAUUGGUGGAGAGCUGCAGAGGUGGUUGUCCUUCUGGAAGGUUCUCCCAUCUCCACAGAGGAACUCUGGAGCUCCGUCAGAGUGACCAUCGGGUUCUUGGUCACCUCCCUGACCAAGGCCCUUCUCCCCCGAUUGUUCAGUUUGGCCGGGCGGCCAGCUCUAGGAAGAGUCUUGGUGGUUCCAAACUUCUUCCAUUUAAGAAUGAUGGAGGCCACUGUGUUCUUGGGGACCUUAAAUGCUGCAGACAUUUUUUGGGACCCUUCCCCAGAUCUGUGCCUCGACACAAUCCUGUCUCGGAGCUCUAUGGACAAUUCCUUCGAUCUCAUGGCUUGAUUUUUGCUCUGACAUUCACUGUCAACUGUGGGACCUUUAUAUAGACAGGUGUGUGCCUUUCCAAAUCAUGUCCAAUCAAUUGAAUUUACAACAAGUGGACUCCAAUUAAGUUGUAGAAACAUCUCAAGGAUGAUCAAUGGAAACAGGAUGCACCUGAGCUCAAUUUCGAGUCUCAUAGCAAAGGGUCUGAACACUUAUGUAAAUAAGGUAUUUCUGUUUUUUAAUUUUAAUACAUUUGCAAACAUUUCUAAAAAACAGUUUUUUCUUUGUCAUUAUGGGGUAUUGUGUGUAGAUUGAUGAGGGGGAAAAAACAAUGUAAUGCAUUUUAGAAUAAGGCUGUAACGUAACAAAAUGUGGAAAAAGUCAAGGGAUCUGAAUCCUCUGUAUAUAAUCUAUUGUUAUUAAACUAUAGGGGUGUCUGGUGGGUUGGGUCAGGGUGAAGGCUGGGUUAGACUCUCUCCUCUCCUCCUAUAGAGUUGUCUGGUGUGUUGGGGGUCAGGGUGAAGGCCUGGGUUGACUCUCUCCUCUCCUCCUAUAGAGUUGUCUUGGUGGGUUGGGUCAGGGUGAAGGCUGGGGUUAGACUCUCUCCUCUCCUCCUAUAGAGUUGUCGGGGGGGUUGGGGGGCCCAGGGUAAAGGGCGGGGUUGACUCUUCCUCUCCUCCAUAGAUUUUGCCCUGGUGGGCCCAGGGGGAACUGGGUUAAAACCUCUCCCUCCCCUAUAAUUUUUUGCCCUUUGGGGGUAAAGGGUAAAGGGGUUUGGGUUAACUCUCUCCUCUCCCCUAAAAGAGUGGUCGGGUGGGUUGGGUCAGGGUGAAGGCUGGGUUAACCUCUCCUCCCCCCUAUGGGUUUUGCCCGGGGGGGGUUUUUUUUUCCGGGUGAAGGGGGGGUUUAACCUCCUCCUCUCCCCCUAUAAUUUUCUGGGGGGGUUUGGGUCAGGUAAAAGGUUGGGUUAGACUCCUCCUUUUCCUCCUAUAGGGGUUGCGGGGGGGGUUGGGUCGGGGUGGGGGGGGUUUGACUCCCCCUCCUCCUAUAGAGUUGUCUGGGGGGGCCCGGGGUUAAAGGGCUGGGUUGACUCUCUCCUCUCCUCCUUGGGGUUUCCCGGGGGGGUUUGGGGUCGGGGUGAAGGCUGGGUUAACUCUCUCCCUCCCCCCUAUAUUUUUUGGUCGGGGGGGUUUGGGGUCAGGGUAAAGGGCCCGGGGGUUUUGACUCUCUCCUCCCCCUCCUAUAGAUUUUGCCCUGGUGGGGGGGUUCAGGGGGGGGGGAAGGCGGGGUUAGACCCUCCCUCCCCUCCAAAGGGUUUUCCCUGGGGGGUUGGGUCAGGGUGAAGGCGGGUUAGACUCUCUCCUCCCCUCCUUAAAAUUUGUCGGGUUUGGGGGGGGGGUCGGGGGUAAAGGGCUGGGUUAGACUCUCCCCUCUCCCCCGAAAAGUUGUCUGGGGGUCGGGGUGAAGGGGGGUUUAGCUCCUCCUCUCCUCCUAUAAAAGUUUUUGGGGGGUGGGGUUCAGGGUGAAGGCGGGGUUUAGCCCUCUUUUCCCCCUCCCUCCAUAGGUUGUCUGGGGUUUGGGGUCGGGGUAAGGGCCCGGGGUUUUAGACUCUCCCCUUUCCUCCUCCUAUGUUUUUGUCUGGUGGGGGGGGCCCAGGGUGAAGGCGGGGUUUAAAACCCCCUCUCCCUCCGCCUAUAGAGUUGUCUUUGGGGUUGGGUCGGGUUUAAGGGCUGGUUAGAACCCCCUCCCUCCCCCAUAGAGUUGGUCGGGGGGGGUUUGGGCCCGGGUGAGGCUGGGUUGGGCUCUCCCCCUCUCCUCCUAAAAGAUUUUUUCUGGGGGGUUUGGGGUCAGGGUGAGGUUUGGGUUAAACCCUCUCCCCUCCCCUCCUAAGAGUUGCUGGGGGGUCGGGGUAAAGGCGGGGUUAGACUCCCCCCCUCCUCCCUCCUAUGAGGGGUCUGGGGGGUUUUGGGGUCGGGGGUGAAGGGGGGUUAGACUCUCUCCUCCCCCUCCUAUAGAUUUUCUUUUGGGUGGGUCAGGGUGAAGGCUGGGUUAGCUCUCUCCUCUCCUCCUAAAUUUUGCCCUGGGGGGUUUGGGUCAGGGUAAAGGGCCUGGGUUAAAACCCUCCUCUCCUCCUAUAGAGUUGUCCUGGUGGGUUGGGUCAGGGUGAAGGCUGGGUUAGACUCUCUCCUCUCCUCCUAUAGAGUUGCUGGUGGGUUGGGUCAGGGUGAAGGCUGGGUUAGACUCUCUCCUCUCCUCCUAUGAGAGUUGUCUGGUGGGGUGGGUCAGGGUGAAGGCUGGGUUAGACUCUCUCCUCUCCUCCUUAGAGGUUGUCUGGUGGGUUGGGGUCCAGGGUGAAGGCUGGGUUAGACUCUCUCCUCUCCUCCUAUAGAGUUUGUCUGGGUGGGUUGGGUCAGGGUGAGGCUGGGUUAGACUCUCUCCUCUCCUCCUAUGGUUUUGGCUGGGGGGUUUGGGGUCAGGGUAAAGGGCUGGGUUAACCCCUCUCCUCCCUCCUAUAGAGGUGCCCUGGGGUUGGGUCGGGGUAAAGGCGGGGUUAACCCCUCCCCCCCCUCCUAUAGAGUUGUUCUGGGGGGUUUGGGUCAGGGUAAAGGGGGGGGUUUUGACUCUCUCCUCCCCCUCCAAUAAUUUUGUCUGGUGGGUUGGGUCGGGUAAAGGCUGGGUUAGACUCUCCCCCUCUCCUCCUAUAAGUUGGGGCCGGGGGGUUUGGGGUCAGGGUAAAGGGGGGGGUUAAAACUCUCUCCCUCCUCCAUAGAUUUGGCCCCCUGGGGGGGGUGGGUCGGGGAAGGCUGGGUUAGACUCUUUUCCUCUCCCCCCAAUAGAGUUGUCUGGGGGGUUUUGGUCGGGGGUAAAAGGGGGGGUUUUAAGCUCCUCCUCCCCUUCCAUAGAGUUUCUGGGGGGUUUGGGGUUUCGGGUGAAGGGGGGGUUUAGACUCCCUCCCUCCUCCAAAGGAUUUUGUCGGGUGGGUUGGGGGUCAGGGGGAAGGGCGGGGUUAGACUUUUCUCCCCCUCCCCCAUAGAUUUUGCCCUGGGGGGUUUUUGGGUCAGGGUGAAGUUUGGUUAGAUUUCUCUCCUUUUUCCUCCUAUAGAUUUUGGUUUUGGGGGGUCAGGGUGAAGGCGGGUUUUAACUUUUCCCCUUUCUCCUCCUAUAGAGUUUGUCUGGGGGGUCGGGGUAAAGGCCCUGGGUUAGACCCUUUUCCCCCUCCUAUAGAGUGCUGGGGGGUUGGGUCAGGGUAAAAGGUUUGGGUUAAAAUCUCUCCUCCCCCCUUAAGAUUGUCUGGGGGGUUUGGGGCGGGGUAAAGGUGGGUUGGGCCCCUCCUCUCCUCCUAUAGAUUUUGUCUGGGGGGUUGGGGGGCAGGGUGAAGGCGGGUUUUGGGCCCUCUCCCCCCUCCUUGGGUUUUGUCUUUUUGGUCAGGGUAAAGGCGGGGUUUUAGACCUCUCCUCCCCUCCUAUAAUUUUGUCGGGGGGUUCAGGGUAAGGCGGGGGUUAGGGGCUCUCCCUCUCCUCCUAUAGAUUUUUCUGGGGGGUUUGGGGGUCAGGGGAAGCGGGGUUUAGACUCUCUCCUCUCCUCCUAAAAGAGUUGUCUGGGGGGUUGGGUCAGGGGGAAGGUUUGGGUUAACUUUUCCCCUCUCCUCCAUAGAUUGUCUGGUGGGGGGGGUGGGGGGAAGGGGCGGGGGUUAGACUCCCCUCCUCUCCCCUAUAAGUUGCCCCUGGGGGGGGGGUCAGGGUGAAGGCGGGGUUAACUCUCUCCCUCUCCUCCUAUAAGUUGCCCUGGGGGUUUCGGGGGUAAAAGGCUGGGUUGACUCUUUUCCCCCUCCUCCUAUAGAGUUGUCUGGGGGGUUUUGGGGUCGGGUAAAGGCUGGGUUAGACUCUCUCCUCUCCUCCUAUAGAUUUUGGGGGGGUUUGGGGUCGGGGUUUAAAGGGCCCUUUUUAGACUCUCUCCUCUCCUCCUUAGAUUUGCCCGGGGGGGGUUUGGGGCCGGGGGUGAAGGGGGGUUGACCUCUCCUCUCCUCCUAUAGGGUUGCCCUGGGGGGUUUGGGUCGGGUAAAGGCGGGGUUUUAACCCCCCUCUCCUCCCCUCCUAUGAUUUUCUGGGGGGUUUGGGGGUCGGGGUGAAGGCGGGGUUUAGACUCUCCCUCUCCUCCUAUAAGUUGUCGGGUGGGUUGGGUCAGGGUAAAGGGCCUGGGUUAACUCUCUCCUCUCCCCUUUAUAGAUUUUGUCUGGUGGGGGGGUCAGGGUGAAGGCGGGGUUUUAACCCUCCCCCUCUCCUCCUAUAAAAGUUUUUUUGGGGGGGUCGGGGUUGGCGGGGUUUAGACUCUCUCCUCUCCUCCUAUAAAAGUUGUCUGGGGGGUUGGGUCGGGUAAAAGGCUGGGUUGACUCUCUCCUCUCCCCUAUAGAGUUGCCCUGGGGGUUUGGGGUCAGGGUGAAGGCGGGGUUAAAACUCUCUCCUCUCCCCCCCUAUAGAGUUGUCUGGGGGGUUUGGGGGCAGGGUGAAGGCGGGGUUGACUCUCUCCUCCCUCCUUAGAUUGCCCUGGGGGGUUUGGGUCAGGGUAAAGGGCUGGGUUAAAACCUCUCCUCUCCCCCUAUAGAUUUGGGUUCUGGGGGGUUUUUGGGUCAGGGUGAAGGCUGGGUUGACUCUCUCCCUCUCCCUAAGAGUUGUCUGGUGGGCCCAGGGUGAAGGCGGGUUAACCUCUCCUCUCCUCCUAAAAGGGGUUUUUUCUGGUGGGUUGGGCCCAGGGUGAAGGCGGGGUUGACUCGCCCUCUCCUCCUAAAUUUUGGUUUUUGGGGGUUUUUUGGGUAAGGGUAAGGCGGGGUUUAGACUCUCCCUUUUCCUCCUAAAAGAUUUUGUCUGGUGGGUCAGGGUAAAGGCUGGGUUAGACCUCUCCUCUCCUCCUAUAGGGGGGGGCUGGUGGGUUUGGGUCAGGGUGAAGGCUGGGUUAAAACCCUCUCCUCUCCUCCAUGAUUUUGUCGGGUGGUUGGGUCAGGGGGGGAAGCGGGGUUUUGACCUCCCCCUCCCUCCUAAAAGAUUUUGUUUUGGGGGGGUUUGGGUAAAGGGCGGGGUUUAGACUCCUCCUCUCCUCCUAUGGUUUCUGGUGGGGGGGGGUUUCAGGGUAAAGGGGGGGUUUGACCCCCCUCCUCUCCCCAUGAUUUUUCCCUGGUGGGUCGGGGUGAAGGCGGGGUUUAGACUCCUCCUCUCCUCCUUAGUUGUCUGGGGGGUCGGGUAAAAGGCGGGGUUUUAAAAAACCUCCCCCUCCUCCCCUCCUAUGGGUUUUGUCUGGGGGGUUUGGGGGCCCGGGGGGAAGGCGGGGUUUAGACUUUUCCCUCUCCCCCCAAGGAUUUGGGUCGGUUUGGUUUUUGGGCCCGGGUGAAGGCUGGGUUAGACCUCUCCUCUCCUCCAAAGGAUUUGCCCUGGGGGGUUUGGGUCGGGGUUAAAAGGCGGGGUUUAGACCUCCCCUCCCUCUCCCCCCUAAGUUGCCCGGGUUGGGGGGUCAGGGUGAAGGCUGGGUUAGACCCUCUCCUCUCCUCCAAAAGAGUUGCCCUGGGGGGUUUUGGGGUAAAGGUUUGGUUUUAGCCCUCUCCCCCCUCCCUCCUAUAGAGUUGUCUGGGGGGGUUGGGUCGGGGUUUGAAGGCGGGGUUAACUCCUCCCUCCCCUAUAGAGUUGCCCUUGGGGGGUUGGGCGGGUAAAGGGCCCGGGGUUAAAGACCUCUUCCUCUCCUCCUAUAGAGUUUGUCUGGGGGGUUUGGGUCAGGGGGAAGGCGGGGUUAAAAACCUCUCCCCCCCUAAAUUUUUGGGCGGGGGGGGUUUGGGGGCCCGGGUAAAGGGCCCUGGGUUAGACCUCUCCUCUCCCCCUAUAAAAGGUUGUCUGGUGGGUUGGGUCAGGGUAAGGCGGGGUUAAAGACUCUCUCCCCCUCCUCCUAUAGAGUUUUUCGGGUGGGGGGGGUCAGGGUAAAAGGGGGGGUUUGGACUCCCCCUCUCCCCUAUAAAAGUUGUCUGGGGGGUUGGGUCAGGGUAAAGGGCCCGGGGGUUAACUCUCUCCUCUCCCCUAAGAUUUGCCCGGGUUGGGUCGGGGGAAAGGCUGGGUUGCCCUCUCUCCCCUCCUCCUAAGAUUUUGGUCUGGGGGGGUUGGGUAAGGGUGAAGGCGGGGUUAAACCCGUUUCCCCCCUCCUAUAGAGUUGUCUGGUGGGUCAGGGUGGAAGGUUUGGGUUGACUCCUCCCUCCUCCUAUAGAGUUGUCUGGUGGGUUGGGUCGGGGGGGGGGGUAAAGGCGGGGUUUAGACUCUCUCCUUUUCCUCCUUAGGUUUUUCUGGGGGGGUUGGGGGGGGGGAAAGGCGGGGUUUUGCUCUCUCCCUCCUCCUAAAAGGGGUUGCCCUGGGGGGGGUUGGGUCAGGGUAAAGGCGGGGUUUUAAGACCCUCUCCUCUCCUCCUUAGAGUUUUUCUGGUGGGGGGGGUUUCCGGGGUAAAGGGGGGGGGUUUUAACUCUCUCCUCUCCUCCUAUAGAUUGCCCUGGGGGGGGUUUGGGUGGGGGUGAAGGCUGUCGUGCCCCCCGCGGAUGUGGGGAUGAGGCGUGGCAUGCGGUCCCUGGCGGCGGAGGGCGAACAGCGAGGACAGUAUUGA